GGGAAGCAAGCAGAGCAAAGUGAGCAGGACGCGAGGCGCUGCGCACACAAGCGGACGUGGUGAGCAGAACAGAUUUUUCAGGACCAGGAGACGAGAGUGCAGGCUGAAAACACAAACGACAGCAGCAGACCCUCAGCACAAGUCUGUUUUCCAGUUUUGAGCACACGCCUCCAGAAAGCUAAUCGGGGGAGGACGCGUGCGAGGUCCACAGUCUGCUCAUUAGCUGCCCGGCUUCAGACGCUGCGGUGCUCCCCAUGAUGGACCAGCUUUGGUGAUCCUGAGAAGACCAGCCGCCCUGGACGUCAACAAGUCCACAGUGUUUGAGAAAAUGGGCCGUUUUUACAUUGAGGAGGGGAGGGCAUUGCUGUAACACCAGCGGAACAUGGCAGGGGUACACGCUUCAGAUGUUGUGUCGGGACAUUUUAUGGAUCCUACCCUCGGCUCCCCGCCAGCCCAGGGCGCGACUGAUACACCGGGAACCCCCGGAGAAGCCGCCGGUCUGGCUCUCACCGGUACCCGGGCGUACUUGGAGGUGUCGGCCGCUGCCCAGGGGUACGGGGCCGAAGGAGUUUACACCAAUGGACGGUACAGGGAUCAUGGCAGUCCAAGGAUCGGGAGUGGCAGCCGUGAUAAUUCCUCCGAAAGGAGUCAGGGAGCUGGAAACGUACCUUGCGGCAUCAUGAAGGAUGGUUCCAAACAGAGGCAGGUGAGGAAAAAAACUGUGUCCUUCAGCUCAAUGCCAAGUGACCGCAAGAUCAACAGCACAGCUGCUUGCAUGGCCUUCAUGAUGGAGGGUUGUGAGAUGAAGAAGGUGCGCUCCAACUCACGCAUGUACAACCGAUAUUUCCUGUUGGAUCCAGAUAUGCACUGGCUCCGUUGGGAGCCAUCCAAGAAAGAUUCAGAGAAGGCAAAACUGGAGAUCAAGGGCAUUAAGGAGGUCCGUUUGGGAAAGAAAACUCCAGUUCUCCGCAGUAAUGGUCUCUCAGACCAGUUCCCUGAUGAAUGUGCCUUCUCAAUCAUCUAUGGGGAUAACUAUGAGUCUUUAGAUCUGGUAGCCAGUACAGCUGAUGUUGUCAGCACCUGGGUGAUGGGCCUGAGGUAUCUGGUGUCUUAUGGCCGGCACACGGUGAAUAUGGUGGAACCAAGCCAACCGAGUCUUCGAACGUCUUGGAUUGGCUCAGUCUUUGAUCUGGCAGAUAUGGAAAAGGAAGGACACAUAGAUCUUUUCAGGGCCACCCAGAUAAUCAAGGGGCUCAACCCUGGUAUGAAAGAGUCUAGGAUAGAGCUGAAGUUCAAGGAACUCCAGAAAGCUAAAGACCAAUAUGGAGAGGCAAUUAACAUGGACACCUUUGUAGAGGCCUACUGUGAGCUCUGUACACGACCAGAGAUCUUCUUUCUGAUGGUACAGUUCUCCAGCAACAAGGAAUAUCUGGACAGUAAAGAUCUGAUGCUUUUUGUGGAGGUGGAGCAGGGUGUGGAAGGGGUAACAGAGGACAUGUGCCGGGAAAUUGUUCAAAAAUUUGAGCCAUCCGCCGAAGGUAGGGAGAGGGCCUACCUCUCCAUUGAUGGCUUUACCCACUACCUCCUCUCCUCUGAAUGCCACAUCUUCGACCCCCAACACAAACGUGUGUGCCAGGAUAUGAGCCAGCCUCUGUCCCACUACUACAUCAACUCGUCACAUAAUGCCUCACUUCUGGAAGACCAUUUCUGGGGAUCUGCAGAUAUCAGCAGCUACAUCCGAGCUCUAAGAAUGGGCUGUCGCAGCAUUGAGGUCAUUGUAUGGGAUGGCCCUGAUAAUGAACCAGUGGUGUAUGUGGGUAGUUCUGUAGCCUCACAUUUAGCUUUCUCUAAAGUCCUGGACAUCAUAAACCAAUAUGCUUUUGAGAGCUCUGAGUAUCCCCUGAUUCUCUGCUUGGUGACCCAUUGCUGCAUCCCCCAACAGAGAGUCAUGGCACAGCAUAUGAAGAAGAUUCUUGGGGACAAGCUGUAUGUUGAGCCCCCAAACAAGGAGGACAUCUACCUCCCCUCCCCUGAGAAACUCAAAUGUAAAAUCCUCAUCAAGGGUAAGAAGUUGCCGCCCAACUGCACUGAAGUUGAGGGUGAUGUGACAGAUGAAGAGGAGGGUCUGGAAAUGUCUCGAAGAGUGGGAGGUAAUGAGAAGGACCAGCUCAAUGGAUUAGGCUACAAGAGACUGAGGCUGUGCAGGGAGCUCUCGGACCUCGUAACUCUCUGCAAGUCAAUCCAGUUUAGGGACUUUGAGUUCUCCAAGAGAGACCAAAAAUAUUGGGACAUCUGCUCCUUCAAUGAGGUAGAUGCAAACAGAUAUGCCAAUGAGUUCCCAGAGGAAUUUGUCUGUUACAACAAGCGCUUUCUCUCCAGGGUAUAUCCCACACCGAUGAGAAUUGAUGCCAGCAACAUGAACCCCCAAGAUUUCUGGAAGUGUGGCUGCCAGAUUGUAGCCAUGAACUACCAAACCCCAGGCCUAAUGAUGGACCUCAACCUUGGCUGGUUCAGGCAGAAUGGUAACUGUGGUUAUGUUUUGAGGCCAGCCAUCAUGAGGGAGGAGGUGUCCUACUUCAGUGCCAAUGCUCGUGACUCGCUGCCAGGCGUGUCUGCACAGCUACUCCACAUCAAGGUCAUCAGUGGGCAGAAUCUGCCCAAGCCUCGUGGCUCUGCAGCCAAGGGUGAUGUUGUGGAGCCCUACAUAUAUGUGGAGAUCCACGGCAUCCCAGCUGACUGUGCUGAACAGAGAACCAAGACUGUGUCUCAGAAUGGUGACAACCCUAUUUUUGAUGAGAGUUUUGAAUUCCAGAUCAAUUUGCCAGAACUUGCAGUACUGCGCUUUGUCGUGCUGGAUGACGACUUCAUUGGCGAUGAAUUCAUCGGCCAGUACACCAUCCCAUUUGAGUGCCUACAGCCGGGCUACAGACAUGUCCCUCUACAAUCUCUGACAGGAGAGUUUCUACCCAACACCACACUUUUUGUCCAUGUAGCCAUCACCAACAGGCGGGGUGGAGGAAAGGCUCAUAAGAGGGGUCUGUCUGUCAGGAAGGGUAGGAAGGCUCGGGAGUACACCACCACCAAGACCACAGGGAUCAAAGUAGUGGAUGAACUCUUCAGAGCUUCCACCCAGCCCCUCAGGGAGGCCACAGACCUCAGAGAAAAUGUGCAGAAUGCCAUGGUGUCCUUCAAGGAGCUCUGCGGCCUGACCCCAGCGGCAAACAUGAAGCAGUGUAUCCUGACCGUGUCUACCUGGCUGAUGAACAGCGAGCGGACGCUGAGGGUAACGGUGGACCUGAGCGAGACUUACCCCACCAUGGAAGCUCAGGGUCCGGUUCCUGAGCUACUGCGCAAAGUGUUCAAUGCCUAUGACAUGAUGAUCCAAACCAGUAGAACCCUGAUCGAGUCGGCUGACGUCGUCUACUCCAAGCUCACACAAGCACAGCGGGCAGGUCUGGACUUCCAUGAGGACCUGCAUCGCAUCGGGGUGAAGGAGGGUCUGAAAGGCCGCAAACUGCAGAAGGCAAUGGAGAGCUACGCCUGGAACAUCACUGUCCUCAAGGGCCAGGCAGACCUGCUGAAGCACGCUAAGAGCGAGGCACUGGACAACCUGCGUCAGAUUCACUGUGCUGCUCAGUCCUGUGGUCUCAGUAAGAAUGGAGCAGCUUCCCCACAGCUCCAGCACCAUCCUCUCCACCAGCCGCAGCAGCAGGUGCAGAUACAGCAACAGCCACAGGCCAAGACACAGCAGCAGCCUCCUCCACCGCACCCGUCCCAAACUCAGCCCCAACCGCCGACAGCACCUCAGGCUUAUCACCAUCCCGUUCCCCAGGAACAUCCCCAGCAACACCCCCAGCUGCCAGCUCUCCCUUUGGUUCAAACUCUUUCAAAACCACCGGCCUACACCCAACCACCGCCCCUAACCCCACUCCAGUUUCAGUUUCAGAGCCAGCAACAGAGGGCAGCAGCAACUCCGGACGCCGUCUCUGACAAAGAGCUGGUCAGAGACGACCCCGUGGGAUCCUGCUGACCCGCAGCCUGUGCCAGCAGAGAAUCUUACCCAAAAAGAGACAGGGAGGGCAAGAAAGAGAUGGUGAAGCAGAAGGGUGUAGUAGAAAAGAAGGGGGGCAUUAAUGAAAAGGAUAUGGAGGAAUUGGCUGAGAGAAUUAAAGAGAUGAUGCUGGGGAGGAAGACUCGGCGUGUUAGAAGCGAGACACAAGUCUGAGCCGGUUUCAGUUGGCAAUAGGGCUGAAAGAGAAAAGAAAGAAAGACCUCGCACUGCAAUCACACAUCUCUAAACAGGAUGGAAAACUGGAAAGACAUUUUUACUACUCACUGUCAUGGAUGUGGAAAAUAAUAUUUUAUCUGAGCCAGGAAGUUGAGGUCUCCUCUGUUUUCUCUCUUGUGAAAAGCCAAAUGUACGGAAGCCCUGGGAGGCAAAAAACAUUUCUAAUGAUCUGGUGAAAUGUUGUAAGCAAAAUCUACAUAAGUUCUGGUCAUAAAUAUACAUAAUGAUAAUAGUUUACAUUAUUAUUAUUAUUAUUAUUAUUAUUAUUAUUAUUAUUAUUAUUAUUAUUAUUAUUAUUAUUAUUAUUAUUAUUAUUAUACAAAAUAGUUUUCCAAGUUACUAAUUUUAGAUCUUUGAAAUGCAGGUAAAACUAAAUGCUUCAUCAACAUUUUUAGACUUCAUUUAGAUGACACUUAAACUUUUUGUUUUAUUUUGAUCAGGACCAUUUCUUAUGUCAUUGCUCUUGUAAUACUCAUUUAACCCACAAGAGGUUGAACUGCUCCACUACCUUAUAUUUUAAAUAGCACUAAAAGCAUUCAUGUUCUCUACAGGGAAGUUGUAUCCAUGCAAUUUUAACACAGUAAUUAACAAGUUGUGUAACAUAACUCUCAUUUCUUUCUUUUGGCUAGAAAUGUAAUUCAAUCCUAUUGACAUUUUUUGUUUAGAGCGCAGGACAAAAAAAAAAAAAAUCACCUGGAAGACAUGAAUGCUUUAGGUAUUAUUUAUAACAUGUGUUUGUCCUACACUCCUGUAGUCAAAUGAGUAUGACAACAAAAACACAGCAGAAAUUAUCCUGACCAAAAACGUUUUGACAUGCCAAAACCUUUUUUUCCCACCUGCUUCACAAAUAAAUAAAUGUAAUUUAGGAAAGUAUUCCUGAUAACCCUUUGUUCCCACUUCUUACAAUAACCUGUUCUUAACUCAUAAACAAAGGCGAAUAAAUUGUUCAGAUCAUUAUUAGAAAAUGGACUACCAGAUUUUCUCCUAUCCUCUCAGGGCUUCUAUACUAAAGGGUAACAGCUGAUGGCAAACCUGUCGUGUGUUCAUACAAAGGAAUGCGUUUUGAAGUAUGAUCAGUUAGAUAUCCCUGUCUCUCUCUGGGCACUGCUAGUGACAUGCCCCUUCAUUAUGUACUCUAGCUCUGUUGGUACAGGCUUUACCUCACAUUGGCAUUUUCUGCCACAAAUUUGCCUUUUCAUUUCCAGAGACUCCUCGGCAUGUCUUUGAGCUUUUAUUUUUUUAAUGCUCACACUCCUUCUCCUCGAUCGUAGACGUCAUGCUAAGUGAAAACCCUCCUUUUGACAAAGGGGAUACCAUGUUCAUUUUAAGUGCACAACAUAGAGCAGCUUCAGUAAGCUAAGCUCUGUAGGCGUCACAGAUGUCCAUUUUAGCACAAACCAGGAAGCUGUAGAGCCAAAAUAGAAAACAAACUGCAGCUGUUGAAGUGUUCAGUCACAUUGAUGCUCUUCUUGCCUCCAAUGCUGUUGUUGAUCUCCAUCGAGUCCCACACAUCUCUGAUGUCAUUCCAUGGGAUUUCAGUUCUGCAGCAUUCCUGAACUCUCCCCACAGGGUCUCCUUGUCUCCUCCCCAGGGGCUGUGUGUGUGACGUUACGUGAGUCGGUGUUUUGGUCCCCAGGGUGGAGCUUGCCCACGUCCGCAAGUGGCACAGCUCACCAGCCAAUCUCAACUGGAAUAUCUGACCCCUGCCUGUUAGAAGUCGGAGGUCAACUAAAACAUGGUACUGCUGUCAAUAAAAACACAAAAUAAAGUGAAUCUAGAUGUAAAAUGUAUGUAAAAUGUACGAAGGGAACAUAUAUUGCUAUAUUAAUUCUUGCAGACACAGACAUUAAUGAUUGAUAUUAUAAUAAUUGUUGUUAGUUCUAUUGAUAUUCUUAUUCUUUUUUAACAUUACUUCCACAUAUACAGUGAUUUGACUCCUGUUGUUCUGUGGUGCAGAUAAGGACAACCAGUGCAUGCUGGGGCAGAGCGAGGGUUAACUGGUCAGCGCCACAGCUCCAGGGUCCAACAAUAACCUGAUGUGUGUUUCACUGAAAAGUGAGUGUGGAUUCUGUGAGAGCUCCUUAAAGUGGCCCAUUAAAACUGGCUUCAUUGUUUA